UCUUUCAUUUCUUUUUUUUGUUGGUUGAUUUUUUGUUUGCCUCGUUUGUUUUGCUUACUUUUUUGACCGACUUCUGGGACAAUAACAACACCAAGAGCUGCAGCAACAACAACAACAACAUGGAUGCCGAGGCGCCAACUCAACUAGCGAAAAAUCAAACAGCCGCAGUUCCGAGACAGGAAACUGGGGCGGCAGGCGCCACAGGUGAAACGGCAGGUGGAGGUGGCGGUGGAGCAGCCAAGGUCACGAAGGAACAGGAUCACGAUGCGGAGUAUCAUCCGCCGACAAGCUAUCUGGAGACCAUCGUGCACCUGUUCAAGGGCAACAUUGGACCCGGCCUGUUCGCCAUGGGAGAUGCCUUCAAGAACGGCGGUCUCCUGGUGGCCCCACUCCUCACGGUGGUCAUAGCGGUGGUGUCCAUCCACUGCCAACAUGUCCUGGUCACCUGCUCCAAGAAGAUGCGCGAUCUCAAGGGCGAGACCGUGUGUGCGGACUAUGCCCAGACGGUGGAGCAGUGCUUCGAGAACGGGCCGCCCAAGCUGAGGGGCUGGUCCCGAACGAUGGGGCGACUGGUGGACAUAUUCAUCUGUGUGACCCAGUUGGGCUUUUGUUGCAUAUACUUUGUGUUCAUCAGCACGAAUCUGAAGCAGAUCCUGGUAGCCUACGAUAUCGACAUGAACGUCCAUCUGGUGAUGCUGCUGGCCUUCGUGCCCGUGCUGCUCAGUUCGCUGAUCACGAACCUCAAGUGGCUAACGCCCGUCUCCAUGUUCGCCAAUGUUUGCAUGAUCCUGGGACUGGCCAUCACACUGUACUAUGCCCUCAAGGACGGACUGCCGGAGGUGGAGGAACGCGCCCUCUGGACGAACGGCUCCCAGCUGGCACUCUUCUUCGGCACCGCCAUCUUCGCCUUCGAGGGCAUUGCCCUGGUGAUGCCGCUGAAGAACGCCAUGCGCAAGCCACACCAGUUCGAGCGACCAUUGGGUGUGCUCAAUGUGGGCAUGUUCCUCGUCUCCGUCAUGUUCAUGUUCGCCGGAUCCGUGGGCUACAUGAAGUGGGGCGAGCAGGUCGGUGGCAGUUUGACCCUCAAUCUGGGUGAUACCAUACUGGCCCAGGCGGUCAAGCUGAUGGUGUCCGCUGGAGUUCUUCUCGGUUAUCCGCUGCAGUUCUUCGUGGCCAUUCAGAUCAUGUGGCCAAGUGCCAAGCAAAUGUGCGGCAUCCAAGGACGAUCACUGCUCGGAGAGCUGGCUUUUCGCACUUUCAUGGUCCUGGUGACUCUUGCCAUUGCGGAAAUGGUGCCGGCCCUGGGACUUUUCAUCUCGCUGAUAGGAGCACUAUGCUCAACGGCAUUGGCCCUGGUGUUUCCGCCAGUCAUCGAGUUGAUCGCCAGGAGUGAGCUGAACAAAGGACCGGGCGUCUGGAUUUGCGCCAAGAACCUCGUCAUUCUGGUGUUGGCCUUACUGGGCUUCUUCACUGGCUCCUACGAAAGUCUCAAGCAAAUUGUCAAGCACUUCGGCGAGGAGGAGGUGCACUGAGAACUAACUAACUGAACUAACUAACUGAACUAACUAACUGAAUUGAGAGCAACAUCGAUAACUAAAGAUCAUCAACAUGGUGGAAAACGAACAGCGGCAGAGAGAUUAUCAUCCUUGUAAUCUUCCACGGAGAACAAGCAAUAAAAAACAAGCAAAGGAUCAAUUAACUCAACAUAAUAGUUACAAAAACAUAAUUUUUAUACAAUAUCAUAUUCACAACAAACUCAGGACUCCGGCGCAAAAAACACGAUAAAUAUGAAUGCAAAGGUUACGACCAUCAGAAAGUCGAUUUUAGGAGAAACACAAUGAUUAACGAUCUCCGAGUUUUCGAGAUGAGCAAUCAGUUAAGAUGCCUGACACGAACAAUACAGGAAUAGCAGAGGAUCAUAUUUAUCAAAACGAAAUGAUAUACCAAACCUCAAUGUAAUCAAGCUUUAAAAAUAAUGAGAAAACUAACAGCAAACAUCUAACGACCAUCAUUUUAGCAUUAUUAUCAACGUAUCGAAAAAAAACAUUAAGCAAUUUAAAAUGUACCUACUCUUAAACCUUAGUUAUUGACAUAAAAACAUAAUAUGCUUGCGAAUUUAUCAUCCACAACAUAUACAUAUAUAUAUAAAUAUAUAUAGCUAAGUGCCUUCUCUUGUGUCUUAGUAAGCGUGCAGCGCAUUUUACCUACUAUAAUUGAUUAUUUUUUUAAUAGACAUUAAGUGAGAAUAAACAAUGCGACGUUCGUUUUGACGUCAUCGCAACAUGACAAAAACUUGACAGAUGUGUUUUUGGGGCGUCGACUACUCGAAAGAGCAGACUAACAAUACUUUUGCAACGGAAUGGAUUUUCGAUACUAAAGAUAAUAGAAAAAGGCGCGGAAUAUUAAUAUUAUAAUGACAGCGCCCUUCUCUGCGCUUCUCAAUGUAUGCACUUAAGCUAAGCGACUACCAACGACAAAAUACUAAAAAAAAUGGUGCUAGAAAACAGUGACACUAGAUACUAGAAAUAGUAAUUAAAACAGCGCUCUUCUCUUCGCUUCUCAAUGUAUGCACUUAGGCUAAGCAGCUUGCGACUGGCGUGCCACUAGAAAUGUGCUGAGUCACAAAUCAUUUGCGGCUAUUUAUCGGCACUGAAAACGUGCGAAUAAAAGUGGUAAUAAAAUAAAUGAGCCGAAUACUAAUAAAGUCGUGGAACAGGUUGCUUGAAACAGUUUUAAGCUGGCAGCGAAAAUAAAUUCGCAAUUAUACUCCAAAUUAGUUUUGACAUUGACCCCGUUUCAGAAGAAACCAUAAAUUGUAUUCUGAUAGAUGUAUCUUACGUAUGCGAACUUUCGCUUUCAUCUGGCGCAAACUGGUUAAGAGCCAUACCGGGAAUCAUAUCUACCGCCCCGUAUGGGAAUUACACUAAUCUAAUCCGAUCCGAACCAAAUCAAUCUAAUCGAAACCGUUCAAACCUUCAACUCAAACAAACGAUGACUGGAACUGCAGGCAAUGUCGUUGGAUAUGCAGCGCAGUGGACAGGAGCGCAUCAAAAACCUUUAUACUUAAGAUCAUAUAAACAUUUUAAAAAGUGAUAAUAAUAAUAAUAAUUAACCUUACUUAAAGUUUAACAAUGUUGUAUGAUUUUGUUAUGAUCUAGAAAAUAUCGUACCCCUUCAAGCGCCGCUGCAGUUUGUUAUGCAUUUGUUUUUCGUACCCCUUAUAUAAUUCCAAUUCCGUCAACAUCGAUCGAUCGAUCGACUGGUUGGUUGAUUGGAAGAUUGGAAGAAGUGAGAUGCAGCAAACGGCCGGAAAACUUUGAUUCCGUGCAAUUCAUUUAACUGGCGCUUCUUCAAUCAAGGCGGUAAAUUUCCGUGCGUCUUCCAAUUGCAAGUACCGGGGGGCUUCAGGGGGUUAAGGUAAAGGUGUAACGAUCACGAAUGCGGUGUAUGGAAUGGACUCGUAAUACUCGUAUCUGUAAAAUAUUCAUGCUACGCCCAAGAAUUCGAUGCAAUGGGCACGUGCCGUGUAAAACCGUACCGACAAUCGAAUUCCGGAAUGUGGCCGGAUCCUUGAACCUGAUCGAACCACUUCCUGCCGGAAAACAAAAGCAGCCACUACAAAAGAAUUUCAAAAUAGUUGCAUAUAUGAGUGUAUUCAAUGUCGUGACGCAAUCACUCUUAAGAUACAGUCGCAUAGCGCACAGCGAGCAAAUAAAUAAAUUAACUAACUUUGAAUGAUGAAUGACAACAUUUUUACUGCCCACAAAUGUACGUCGUCAUAAGCAAACACGAAUGGAAACCAAAUACGCUGAGUUUUUGUAACACUUUAUGUAUUUUGAAUAGUUGUGUUUUGGAUGAAAUAUUGCCGGCAAUAAACUCAACUACUGAACAAA